AUGCACCCUAGAGUGUUGCGGGAACUGGCAGAUGUCCUAGCCAAGCCACUUGUCAUCAUCUUCGGCAAGGUCCUGGAGAACGGAGGAGGUGCCGGARGACUGGAAGAAAGCCAACGUCACUCUGGUCUUCAAAAAAGACAAGAAGGAGGACCAGGUCAACUACAGGCYGUUGUAGCAAGUCUAAUCAUUCUACAUUUGUCUGGGGCAACCAAAAAAGGAACAGAAAAGCAAACUACUUCCGAAGGACAGAAACCAGUGCAGUGUGGAACUUGGACAAAAUAUGCAGAAGGAGGCAUUUUCACUUCUCCCAAUUAUCCGAACAAGUAUCCUCCUGACAGAGAGUGCGUCUACAUUAUAGAAGCUGCUCCUAGACAAUGCAUUGAGCUGCACUUCGAUGAAAAAUAUUCCAUAGAGCCUUCUUGGGAGUGUAAAUUUGAUCAUAUUGAAGUACGUGAUGGACCUUUUGGUUUUUCCCCAAUCAUUGGACGUUUCUGUGGACAACAAAAUCCACCUAUGAUAAAAUCGAGUGGCAGAUUCCUAUGGAUUAAAUUUUUUGCUGAUGGUGAGCUGGAAUCUAUGGGUUUUUCUGCUCGAUAUAAUUUCACACCUGAUCCAGAUUUUAAGGACCUUGGCGUUUUGAAACCAUUGCCAGUUUGUGAGUUUGAGAUGGGAGGACCUGAAGGAAUUGUGGAAUCUGUGCAAAUUGUCAAAGAAGGAAAAGCUUCUGAAACUGAAGCAGUAGACUGUAAAUGGUACAUCCGAGCACCACCCCGAUCCAAGAUAUAUUUACGAUUCUUGGAUUAUGAGAUGCAAAAUUCCAAUGAAUGCAAAAGGAAUUUUGUGGCUGUCUAUGAUGGAAGUAGCUCAGUGGAGGAUUUGAAAGCGAAGUUUUGCAGCACAGUUGCUAAUGACGUAAUGCUACGGACAGGUCUCGGUGUGAUCCGCAUGUGGGCAGAUGAAGGCAGUCGAAGCAGCCGAUUCCAGAUGCUCUUCACAUCUUUCCAAGAACCCCCUUGUGAAGCCAACACAUUCUUUUGCCACAGUAAUAUGUGUAUUAAUAAUACAUUGGUCUGCAAUGGACUCCAGAAUUGUGUGUAUCCUUGGGAUGAAAACCACUGCAAAGAAAAAAGAAAAGCUAAUCUAUUGGACCAACUUACCAAUACCAGUGGGACUAUAAUUGGGGUGACCUCUUGCAUUGUGAUCAUCCUCAUUGUCGUCUCUGUCAUAGUACAGAUCAAGCAGCCUCGUAAAAAAUUUGUCCAAAGGAAAACAGACUUUGAUCAAACAGUAUUCCAGGAGGUUUUUGAGCCUCCACAUUAUGAAUUAUGCACCCUUAGAGGGUCAGGGCCUACUGCUGACCUUGCUGAUGUUGCAGAUGACUUUGAAAAUUAUCAUAAACUGCGGAGAUCAUCUUCAAAAUGCAUUCAUGACCAUCACUGUGGAUCACAACUGUCUAGCACUAAGGGCAGCCGUAGUAACCUCAGCACAAGAGAUGCUUCUGUCUUGACAGAAAUACAACCCCAGCCUGUAAAACCCCUAAUUCAGCCCAUGAACAGGAGAAAUAUCCUUGUCAUGAAGCAUAGCUACUCACAAGAUGCUGCAGAUGCGUGUGAGAUAGAUGAAAUUGAAGAGGUACCAACCACGAGUCACAGGCUGUCGAGACAUGAUAAAGCUGUCCAGCGGUUCUGCCUCAUUGGGUCUCUAAGCAAACAUGAGUCUGAAUACAACACAACUAGGGUCUAAGAGACAAACCUGAGAGAAGAACUAUUUAUACAAUCAUGGGAACUGUGAAUGGAAAAAAAAAAAGCUAUAGUGAACUAUUUCAGCUGUUUGAAAGAGAGUGUGGACAUGUUUCUAAAUUCAUUCCACUGCCUUUAUCCAAACCUAAGAAUUACAGACAUUUUUUACUUCCUCAACAAGAUAUUCCCAUUGCACAAUAAUAUAUUUCUUUUGUAAUUUGGUUGCUGGCCACUAAGUGCUCCUUAGUUUUUAAAUAUAUUUUGAAAUUUGCUGGAAACUUGAAGAAGAAAUUAGUUCCUGACUGAGACUGUCCCAGCUUUUCGUUGUUGUGGUUGAUGUUGUUAUCUUCAUUUCAUUUCAGUUGAUGUGUUUUAUGUCUUUGUUAUCUACAUGUAUGUUUUGUCAUAUGUGAAAGAAGUUUUACAUUGAACUUUUGUUAUAUGUACAUUGUUUCCAUUAUAUAGACUACUUGAGAAUAGUGCGCUCCUGGGUGAUUUUGAACAUGCUACAGUGAAAGGUGAAACUAUCGACCUUGGAAACACCAGCUAGAGGUUUUAUGGACUCUCUGACCAGCUAUUCUCAUAUCAUGACAAAAUUCAGCAGUGUUGAGUAAAAUUACUAGAAGGCAAUAAGACUUUGGUUAUUAUGCUUAUUGGUCAUUUCUCUUUCUCUCUUUUUAUUUUUUUUUUUAAUUAUUACUAUUAUUUUUCUUCCUCUCUCUUCCUUCUUUCGGUUGCAAGUAAAAUUCCCAAUUUCAGGAAAAAUUUAUUGAAAUCAGGUAUUUAACCAUCCAUAAUCACUUCAAUGGAAAUGUUUGUUGGACAAGCAUCUAGCAAUAUGACUGAACUUGACCUUGAGAAAAUAAUCUGCAUGUAUGUUACUGAAUAUUUGAGUUGGCAAAAAUCCCUCGGUUAGACACAUUGUAAAAAGCAUGCAUUCACAAUUAUUGCUGUUACUGUUCCAUUUCUGUGUCAUAUGCUUGCUACUUGUAACUUUUUAUAUAAAGAUACAUAAAACAAUGUA